CAUGAGGCCACGCAGAGACACUGAUAGACGCAGAUUCGCUUUUCAAUUCCAAUCAACCAACUCUGACACCGAAUCGCCGCGGCGAAAACCGAAGUUCUUCUUUCUGGCGAUGGCAGGGCAAUCGCGAAAGUGGAUGAUCCUUGUAGCCACAAUUUGGAUUCAGGCAUUCACCGGAACCAAUUUCAAUUUCUCGCAAUACUCGUCGUCUUUGAAAUCCGCACUCGACAUCUCGCAGGUACAAUUGAACUACCUAGCCACCGCCAACGACAUGGGAAAGGUUUUCGGUUGGUCCUCUGGUCUUGCUCUCAUGCACCUUCCCCUCUCUCUCGUUUUGUUCCUCGCUGCUUUCAUGGGUUUCUUUGGCUACGGACUCCAGUGGCUCCUUCUCAGCCGUGUCAUCGCUUUGCCUUAUGUUCUGGUCUUUCUUCUGUCCCUUUUAGGUGGCUGUAGCAUCUGUUGGUUCAAUACAGUAUGUUUUGUUCUCUGCAUUAGGAAUUUUCCAGUUAACCGAGCCCUUGCAUUAUCACUCACUGUGAGUUUUAAUGGUGUUAGUGCAGCACUCUACAACCUUGCUGCCAAUUCAAUAGACCCUUCAUCUGAUGCAGUGUAUCUGCUUUUGAGUGCUGUUGUUCCUCUUCUCAUUUGCAUAGCAGCACUUGUUCCUAUUCUUCGCCAACCAGUUUUAGACCCUCUCCCUCCUGAUGCAGUUAACCGGGACUCGGUGAUAUUUCUAAUAUUGAACUUCUUAGCAGUUUUAACUGGCCUUUAUCUCCUCCUGUUUGGCUCUUCUGCUUCUGGUGUGACUUCAGCUCGGCUAUAUUUCAGUGGGGCUAUUCUCCUCCUCAUCUUACCAUUAUGUAUCCCGGGCAUCGUAUAUGCUCGUGCGUGGUUUCGGCAUGCCAUCCAUUCCAGCUUUCGGAUGGAAGGCUCCAGCUUCAUUCUUGUUCAUGAUGAUGAUCUUGAGAUGCAUAAAGAACUCCUUAGCCGUCACAAUAGUGUUGUUAGCAACGGAGAUACUUACAGCCUACUGGGUGAAAAUGGACACAUGUUUGGAAAUCAGAAAGCAAAAGAUAGUGAUGUGUGUUGCGAUAGGAUGAUUGGCCAGGAUCAUUUGGCAAUGCUAGGAGAAGAGCACCCAGCUGCAGUGAUUGUCCGAAGAUUGGAUUUUUGGCUAUACUAUAUUACAUACUUCUGUGGAGGUACAAUUGGUCUAGUCUAUAGCAAUAAUCUGGGACAGAUUGCCCAAUCGCUCGGCCAAAGUUCAAAUACUUCUACACUGGUCACACUCUAUGCAUCCUUUUCCUUUUUUGGCCGCUUGCUUUCAGCUGGACCAGACUAUAUUCGUAAUAAAUUCUACUUUGCAAGGACUGGUUGGCUAUCCAUUGCACUUAUACCAACCCCAAUUGCAUUUAUCUUGCUUGCUGCUUCGGAUAGUCCUCUAGCACUGCAGACAGGCACUGCACUGAUUGGGAUGAGUUCUGGUUUUAUAUUUGCAGCUGCAGUGUCAGUUACAUCUGAGCUGUUUGGACCAAACAGUGUUGGUGUCAAUCACAACCUUCUCAUAACAAAUAUCCCUAUUGGAUCUCUUCUCUAUGGAUUUCUUGCUGCACUGGUUUAUGAUGCCAAUGCACUCAACACACCAGAAAGCUUGAUAAUGUCCGACUCAGUAGUGUGCAUGGGAAGGCAGUGCUACUUCUGGACAUUUGUCUGGUGGGGAUGCAUAUCUGUCCUGGGACUAGCUUCAAGCGUGCUAUUAUUCUCAAGAACCAAACAUGCAUACUAUCAUUUUGAGAAACACCGUAUUUCAACUCAAUCAUUUGUGUCUUAACUUUUGCUAUGGAUGAGACAUGAAGAUUAUAAUGUGGCUGAAUUCAUUUGGACAGCUGUAGAAGCCUCACUUGUAUAGGGACAAAUAUGCAUUUGGGGGUGGAUACUAGAGAAGCAAAGUUAAAGCUAGGGUGAUUCUUGGGGAACAUAUGUAUUGUAGUCGAUACUAGAGGAGAGUUGAAGAUUCAGAAGCAAGAGCAUAAAGAUUUUGUUUAACUCUUGCAUAGUGCACAAAGUAUUAAGAAAAGAGUAAAGGGAAAUAAUUCAAAGAAAGUAAAAAAUGGUCUCUGCAAAUGAUUCCUCUACUUUGAACAAAUUUUACGUUUGACCUGAUAUUUCAGCUGUAGAAGCAGGAGCUAUGCUUUGGCCAUGCUUGACGCAUUUUGGUUCCAAAGGUGCGGCCACCAUUUUGGUAGCUCUCAAAAGAGAUUUAUUAAUAAACCAAGAGAUGACAUU